ACAUUUGACAAGACGUUGACGUUUGUCAAAAACAAAUUUUGAUUAAUUAUUAUUAUUUACAAACAUUCCUGUUCUUCCCAAUAGUGAAGUGCAAAUUUGUUAGGGAAUCACCGGUGUUAUCAUAUAAACUUGGCACUUCUCGCGAAGUGCUCUAAUUUCUGAUCAAUUGAAUAUUAUGACAACUCUCAUGAUGGACUACGAAUUUAAAAUGAAGACUCAGAAUGAGCGGGUAAAGGUGGAGGAUUUGUUCGAUUACGAAGGUUGUAAGGUAGGUCGGGGCACGUACGGCCAUGUGUAUAAAGGGCGGCGGAAAGACGGGUCGGACAAUCGAGACUAUGCCCUAAAACAGAUCGAGGGGACAGGACUAUCCAUGUCAGCAUGCAGAGAAAUAGCGCUUUUAAGGGAAUUGAAACACCCAAACGUUAUCACGUUAAUUAGAGUCUUUUUAUCUCACAAUGAUAGAAAAGUGUGGCUUUUAUUCGACUUCGCCGAACACGACCUGUGGCACAUUAUUAAAUUUCACAGAGCCGCUAAAGCUAAUAAGAAGCCAGUCAUGGUCCCUAAAGGAAUGGUGAAGUCAUUGCUUUACCAAAUUUUAGACGGAAUUCAUUAUUUGCACUCAAAUUGGGUGUUACACAGGGACUUAAAACCGGCUAAUAUUCUGGUUAUGGGUGAAGGGCCGGAGAGAGGACGUGUUAAAAUCGCAGAUAUGGGUUUUGCGAGACUUUUUAACGCACCAUUGAAACCUCUAGCUGAUUUGGACCCCGUUGUGGUCACUUUUUGGUACCGAGCGCCAGAAUUAUUGCUCGGAGCUCGCCAUUACACGAAAGCAAUUGAUAUUUGGGCCAUUGGAUGCAUUUUUGCCGAACUGUUGACCUCAGAACCAAUUUUUCAUUGUCGGCAAGAAGACAUCAAAACCAGCAAUCCGUACCAUCAUGACCAGUUAGACAGGAUUUUUAACGUUAUGGGAUUCCCCCUUGAAAAGGACUGGGAAGAUAUCAAAAAAAUGCCCGAACAUCCCACACUAGUUAAAGAUUUUAAAAAACAAAGCUAUAUCAACUGUUCGUUAGUAAAAUACAUGGAUAGACAUAAGAUUAAACCUGACAGUAAAGCGUUUCACUUAUUACAAAAGUUAUUAUUAAUGGACCCAAAUAAACGAAUUACUUCAGAACAAGCGAUGCAAGAUGCCUACUUUUCUGAAGACCCUCUACCUACGCAGGACGUUUUCGCGGGUUGUCCAAUCCCAUAUCCCAAGCGCGAAUUUUUGACUGAUGACGAUCAGGAAGAGAAGGCUGAAAGUAAGCAACGUCAAAACCAGCAGCAACAGCAACAACAACAACAGCAGCAAUCCCAGCAACAGCAACAACAGCAGCAGCAGCAACAACAACAGCAAUCCCAACAGCAACAAUCUGGAAAUGGGGAUAAUCACGGGAAUCCCUCAAAACGUGUGAGAUUGUCGGGGAAUGCCCAUCCCGGCCAAGUCAAUCCACAAGCUAUUCCAAUAUCGCAACAACAGGAGUUUCAUCAGCAGCAGAUGAUGUAUAAUAACGGGUCGCAACAACAACAGAAUUUUCAACAAAGAUUUUAAAUUUAGGUUUAAGACAUUAAUAAAUUUCUAUAAAUCGUA